GCGGGAUUCAACCCUCUGGUCCAGCGGUGUCGGCUCCGCUCCCGAUGCGGGUGGUUUAUCAAUGCACCUCGCUGUAAUGAGCAAUACGUUGAAUUCCAUCAUGUUACUACUAAGAAACGGAUUGGAUUCAGCACAAAAUAUCACGAAUUCGGACGCUGUACUGGAUGCAGUUGCACAACUCGAAACAUUCCCUAUGACAAUGGGCCAGUUACAAGACACGCGCAUCGGUCAACUUUUGCAGACGAUUCGGCACAAAGUGGACACCCCACUUCAGAAACGCAUCCGAUUUGUCAUCAAGGCGUGGCAAAAACUCCUUUCUCCUGAAUUCGCCUGUCAUUCUGUGAUCCCUUUAAAAUGCUAUGCAGCAUCUUACACACCCAACCAGUCGUCAAAGGGUUCGGACUGCCAGCCGUCCAAUGGGACUCCAACUAAACCGUCUUUUCGUGAGAAUAUGCGAAAUUCUCAACACUUUCUCACAUCUGCCUCGGUCAACACUUCGGACAGUAGAUCUAAUAGUCCGGUGGUUAAUUUUUCGGACACAACUACACGCCUAAAACGUCCAUAUCAUUCAUUAUCUGGUACCACAGAUCAUUCUGUCCCGAUUACUUCGUUUGCCCCAUCACAUACGGAACAGCCCACGACUCCCAGUAAGCGAGCCCGAACACAAUCUAACAUAUCUCCUCAACCCGCAACCACAAAACCUACUUCUUGUUUACCUCUCGUAAACGGUACUAGGCCCGUUGUUCCCACAUCUGAAUCAUUUCCUUCAUUCAGGCCAGCCACUUCACUAGGAAAGUCCAAUACUGCUAGCAUUCCUCUACGAGAAUUGGGUGAUCAGCAGUCCACUGAGGCACAAGCCCAGCCAAAAGGAGACAGGCAGGAUGUCCAGAAUGCUGUGCAUCGUCUGGCAAAAGUGAAGUCUACGGCUGAGUUGGUCCAAGCAGCUGGUGACUGUAUCGACUCCGUAACUGCCGAUCGGAUUUUAACCAACAGGAUCAGCAAAGAACCAGAUCCACCGAGACCGUCCAUUGUUCCGCAGCUUGCAAAGACCCGACAAGCUCGUACAGCUCCUUCCACUGCCGCCUCUUGUAAGGGUUCUCAGCCCCAUGAGCUGCGUUCUUCCAGACCCUCCGUACGCCAUGUAGAUCGAGAAACAGUACAUAAACCUUCAUCAAGCAUAUCAGGUCCCACAUCCAAACCUUCGCUCUCCGCAGUAUCAUUGACAGAAACUUUCCCAUCGCAGUUGGAUUCCGUACAACCACUGGACUCUGUUUCUUCCGAGCUUCUCACCAAUGGUAACAACUCAGGAGUUCCCCGAGUCCAUGGAGGUGAUACCGAACGACCUCAAAUAGAUACGGACUCAGAUAACCAAAAAUCCAGAGAGAAAAAGCGAAAAAAGAAGCGCAAGCAUCGUCACAAGCACUUACUAGGUGGUCCCACUGUAUAUAAUCCCGUCACAAAUCACCUUGACGAUUGGCCAUCCUUACCCGCCCUUCCAGCGCAAAUAGACUGGUCCAGUCUGGAUAGACCUGCUUCUUCCUCAAACUGGGAAAGUCUUUCGUCAAUACCAGAUAGUGCAGAUAGACUAGUUUCCGAUGUUUGGCCCGGUAUAAACCGCACUUCAGAUGACGAAGGUAACUUACGAUUACUGACAGAUUUGUAUUCUUUAACUAUUGACGAUCAGUACUUACAUGUACUGCCAUGGGUUGAUAUGAUUGGCUUUAGACGUCAGUUUUUUCCCUCUCCCGAUGACUUGGACCCGCUGACACAGAUACCGGAGCCAUGGUGACCCCUGUCUCAUUCCAAGUGCACUGAUUGCACACCACUUAUUCUUCGCUUCCCGUCAUCAUUUCUUUCUGGUUCCCAUCUGAUCUGUGAAUCACCCAGUGUUGUGUCCAAAAGCGUGAUAUGUUCUGACACCCGGCCGGGCUCGUUCACAUUUUGUGUAAAUAUUCACAUGUAUCUAUCUUUUUCUCCAAACUCACUUUAUUCUAUUCUCUUGGCUCUUACUUUCCACUGCAACCUUGUGGCUCAUACUUGUGUUUCGUUGACGAUCUGGCAUUUAAUUGAUUUCUGACCUUGUGUGCGCGCGCGAACAUAUGGUCUCUUCUAAUGCUGUUGCUUGGAAUGCUUGUCAGGUAACCCUUGAACGAUUUGGCCCGUUUUUCUCCACUUUCGCUUCUAGUCCCAAUUCAAAAAGAAGCAUCUUCGCCUGUGUAUGAACAAGACGUUUUUGGAUGUGUAAGAACUCUUGGUGCUGGUCCUUUGCCGCCUACGGUGGAGUGUGCACUUUCCACAUAUUCGCGUGCAUGUAUAUUUUUGUACAUACUCUUGACUUAUUCAUGUCCAUCAUACACAAAAAACAGAGUUAAAUUUUUACGAAAAUGCACGAAAAAGUUCACUGACCGCGG